AUGACCUUCAGCAAUGAGAAUUGGCAGGAGUGGUUCAUUGCAUCCCAGUUGAACAAUAUGCUGAAUAUCAUAAGCAAUCAGCAGGAGUGUCAACCUAGGAAUCGUUAUACAGUUCAGGUGGCAUGGAAACCUCCACCACCAACUGUUCUAAAGUUAAAGACAGAUGGAUCAUCUUUGGGUAAUCCUGGUCAAUCUGGAUUCGGCGGUGUUAUUAGGGACUCUCAAAGAGAUUGGAUCAUUGGGUAUACUGAUUCCAAGCUCACUCUGGAUUUAAUCUCUGGGGAAAUCACGACAUGUCAUCCUUAUGCUGCUCUACUUACAUGCAUUCGUUCUUACAAAGGCCAGAAUUGGAGUAUUUCCUUUGCUCUUACUUUUCGCGAGGGAAAUCAUGUUGCUGAUUGGAUGGCAAAGAAGGGCGCUUCAUCUGAGGAGUCUUUGCAACUAUGGGAUUCAUGUCCUCCAACUUUAGACACAAUAUUGUUUUCGGAUGCUAUAGGCAUCACUGUUCCUAGGCUUGUGUAA